AUGUGGGUGUGUCAGGCGUGUUCGGAGACAUGCAAUUGUGACAGGGAGCUCACAAGCUGCUGCAACCACAACCACAGAUGCUCCAACUGCAACCACAAAUGGAGUCACAACAACCACAGUUUCUCCCACAACAACAACAGCUGCUGCCUCCACAACCACAGAUGCUCCAACUACAACCAAAAAUGGAGUCACAACAACCACAGUUUCUCCCACAACAACCACAGCUGCUGCCACCACAACCACAGAAGCCACCACGGUCACUACAGCUGGCAUCACAACUACCACAGUUGCUCCCUCAACAACCACAGCUGCUCCAACUACAACCACAACUACGUCCAUGACGACCACCACAGCUCCUGCCAUGACAAUGACAGCUGCAGCUGCUGCAGCAGCCACCACAACCACAGUUGCUGCCACAACAACCACAGCUCCUGCCAUGACAACGACAGCUGCAGCUGCUGCAGCAGCCACCACAACCACAGUUGCUGCAAAAACAACCACAGGUGCUCCAUCUACAACCACAGCUGCUGCCACUUCAAUCACAGCAGCUGCCCCCACAACUACAGUUUCUCCAACUACAACCACAAAUAUCGCCACAACAACCACAGCUGCCACCACAACGACCACAGCUGCUCUAACUACAAACACAGCUGCUCCAACUACAACUACAGUUGUCCCCACGACAACCACAGCUGGUGCCACAACAACCACAGCAGCUGCCCCCACAACCACACCUGCUCCCUCUACAACCACAACUGCUGCCACAACAACCAUACCUGCUGCCACUACUACCACAGCUGCUCCAACUACAACCACAGCUGCUCCAACUACAACCACAGUUGUCCCCACGACAACCACAGCUGGUGCCACAACAACCACAUCAGCUGCCCCCACAACCACAGCUGCUCCAACUACAACCACAGCUGCUUCCUCUACAACUACAGCUGCUGCCACCACUACCACACCUGCCGCCACGGUCACUACAGCUGGCAUCACAACUACCACAGUUGCUCCCUCAACAACCACAGCUGCUCCAACUACAACCACAACUACGUCCAUGACGACCACCACAGCUCCUGCCAUGACAAUGACAGCUGCAGCUGCUGCAGCAGCCACCACAACCACAGUUGCUGCCACAACAACCACAGGUGCUCCAACUACAACCACAGCUGCUGCCACUUCAACCACAGCAGCUGCCCCCACAACUACAGUUGCUCCAACUACAACCACAAAUAUCGCCAAAACAACAAUAGCUGCCACCACAACAACCACAGCUGCUCCAUCUACAAACACAGCUACUACCACAACAACAACUUCUCCAACAACAACAGCUGCUGCCACCACAACCACAGAUGCUCCAACUACAACCAAAAAUGGAGUCACAACAACCGCAGUUUCUCCCACAACAACCACAGCUGCUCCAACUACAACCACAACUACGUCCAUGACGACCACCACAGCUCCUGCCAUGACAACGACAGCUGCAACUGCUGCAGCAGCCACCACAACCACAGUUGCUGCCACAACAACCACAGGUGCUCCAACUACAACCACAACUGCUGCCACUUCAACCACAGCAGCUGCCCCCACAACUACAGUUGCUCCAACUACAACCACAAAUAUCGCCACAACAACAAUAGCUGCCACCACAACAACCACAGCUGCUCCAUCUACAAACACAGCUACUACCACAACAACAACUUCUCCCACAACAACAACAGCUGCUGCCACCACAACCACAGAUGCUCCAACUACAACCAAAAAUGGAGUCACAACAACCACAGUUUCUCCCACAACAACCACAGCUGCUGCCACCACAACCACAGCUGCCGCCACGGUCACUACAGCUGGCAUCACAACUACCACAGUUGCUCAAACUACAACCACAACUACGUCCAUGACGACCACCACAGCUCCUGCCAUGACAACGACAGCUGCAACUGCUGCAGCAGCCACCACAACCACAGUUGCUGCAAAAACAACCACAGGUGCUCCAUCUACAACCACAGCUGCUGCCACUUCAACCACAGCAGCUGCCCCCACAACUACAGUUUCUCCAACUACAACCACAAAUAUCGCCACAACAACCACAGCUGCCACCACAACGACCACAGCUGCUCUAACUACAAACACAGCUGCUCCAACUACAACUACAGUUGUCCCCACGACAACCACAGCUGGUGCCACAACAACCACAGCAGCUGCCCCCACAACCACAGCUGCUCCCUCUACAACCACAACUGCUGCCACAACAACCAUACCUGCUGCCACUACUACCACAGCUGCUCCAACUACAACCACAGCUGCUCCAACUACAACCACAGUUGUCCCCACGACAACCACAGCUGGUGCCACAACAACCACAUCAGCUGCCCCCACAACCACAGCUGCUCCAACUACAACCACAGCUGCUUCCUCUACAACUACAGCUGCUGCCACCACUACCACACCUGCCGCCACGGUCACUACAGCUGGCAUCACAACUACCACAGUUGCUCCCUCAACAACCACAGCUGCUCCAACUACAACCACAACUAUGUCCAUGACGACCACCACAGCUCCUGCCAUGACAACGACAGCUGCAACUGCUGCAGCAGCUACCACAACCACAGUUUCUGCCACAACAACCACAGGUGUUCCAACUACAACCACAGCUGCUGCCACUUCAACCACAGCAGCUGCCCCCACAACUACAGUUGCUCCAACUACAACCACAAAUAUUGCCACAACAACCACAGCUGCCACCACAAUGACCACAGCUGCUCUAACUACAAAAACAGCUACUGCGACAACAACAACUCCAACUACAACCACAGCUGCUCCAACGACAACCACAAUAACGUCCAUGACAACCACCAAAGCUCCUGCCAUGACAACGACAACUGCAACUUCUGCAGCAGCCACCACAACCACAGUUGCUGUCACAACAACCACAGGUGCUCCAACUACAACCACAGCUGCUGCCACAACGACCACAGCUGCUCUAACUACAAACACAGCUGCUCCAACUACAACUACAGUUGUCCCCACGACAACCACAACUGCUGCCACAACAACCAUACCUGCUGCCACUACUACCACAGCUGCUCCAACUACAACCACAGCUGCUCCAACUACAACCACAGUUGUCCCCACGACAACCACAGCUGGUGCCACAACAACCACAUCAGCUGCCCCCACAACCACAGCUGCUCCAACUACAACCACAGCUGCUGCUACGACUUCCACAGCUGCUGCUACAACAAUGACAGCUUCUCAAAUUACAACCACAGCUGUUCCCAUGACAACCACAGCUGCUGCCACCACAACCACAGCAGCUGCCCCCACAACCACACCUGCUUCAACUACAACCAUAAAUAUUGCCACAACAACAACAGCUUCUGCCACAAAAACGACAGAUGCUCCAACUACAACCACAGCUGCUCCUAUAAUAUCCAUAUCUUCUGCCACGACAACCACAGCUUCACCAACUACAACCACAGCUGCUCCAACUACAACCACAGUUGUCCCCACGACAACCACAGCUGGUGCCACAACAACCACAGCAGCUGCUCCCACAACCACAACUGCUCCCUCUACAACCACAACUGCUGCCACAACAACCAUACCUGCUGCCACUACUACCACAGCUGCUCCAACUACAACCACAGCUGCUCCAACUACAACCACAGUUGUCCCCACGACAACCACAGUUGCUCCCUCAACAACCACAGGUGCUCCAACUACAACCACAACUACGUCCAUGAUGACCACCACAGCUCCUGCCAUGACAACGACAGCUGCAACUGCUGCAGCAGCCACCACAACCACAGUUUCUGCCACAACAACCACAGGUGCACCAACUACAACCACAAAUAUUGCCACAACAACCACAGCUGCCACUACAACGACCACACCUGCUCUAACUACAAACACAGCUACUGCGACAACAACAACUCCAACGACAACCACAAUAACGUCCAUGACAACCACCAAAGCUCCUUCCAUGACAACGACAACUGCAACUUCUGCAGCAGCCACCACAACCACAGUUGCUGCCACAACAACCACAGGUGCUGCCACCACAACCACAGCAGCUGUCCCCACAACCACAGCUGCUUCAACUACAACCAUAAAUAUCGCCACAACAACAACAGCUUCUGCCACAAAAACGACAAAUGCUCCAACUACAACUACAGCUGCUGCCACCACAACCACCACAGCUGGCAUAACAACUACCACAGUUGCUGCCACAACGACCACAGCUGCUUUGACUACAACCACAGCUGUACCAACCACAACUACAGCUGCAGCCACGACAACCAUAGCUGCUCCAACUACAACAACUGCAGCAGCCACGACAUCCACAGCUGCUGCCACAACAACCACAGCUGCUUCCACUACAUCCACAGCUGCUGCUACGACAAUCACAGCUGCUUCUGCUACAACCACAACGAUGACAACGACAGCUGCUGA